AUGUCAGCGAUAGGUAUCAAGACUGUUAUAAUUUUGGCAUCGUUCCUAGCAGCAUUGGCUAAAAUUAACAGCAGCACUGGGAAACUUCCUACAAAACUCUCCAGCUUUCAUGAAUUGGAAGUAACGGCCCCGGAAGGCAGUGGUUGCUGGGCACCGAUACCACCAAAUAUCUCCAAUUUUAACUCAAGUAUUUACCAAAAGUUCAAAGCAAUACUGUCGGAAUCAAGGUACCAGACAGCUAGUAUCAAAAGGUUCCAAGAGGCCAUCCACGUUGACACGCAAGUCAAUGACGAUUAUGGCGAUAUUGAAAACGACAACCGCUGGGAGAAGUUCCAUAGGUUCUCAGCUUUUUUGGAACUAAAUUUCCCAUUGGUUCAUAAAAGUCUUACUCUCGAAAGAAUUAAUACACACGGUCUUCUAUAUUCGUGGAUCCCAGAACCCACUAACAGUGGGGCGACUUUGGCAAAACCUAUUCUAUUGAUGGCGCAUCAGGACACUGUUCCAGUUACGGAAGAAAGCCUUGGUGACUGGAAGUCCGACCCAUUUGAAGGCCACAUUGAUGAAAAUGGUAUCAUGUAUGGACGUGGUGUCCAUGAUGACAAAAACUCUCUAAUUUCAAUUGUCGAAGCUGUUGAACUUCUCUUGCGAAGCGAUUUUAGGCCCAAUCGUACUGUGAUUUUGGCUUUUGGCUUUGACGAAGAAAUCAGUGGUCGCCGCGGAGCUCUAGAAAUAUCAAAGUUUGUGGAGGAAAGUUACGGCAAAGAUGGUUUGGAAUUUAUUUUAGAUGAGGGUCCCGGCAUUGUCAACCCCAUUGCACCGGGAGACAAAAUAGCAUACGCUACUGUAGCAACAGCAGAAAAGGGAUAUCUAGAUGUUUUGAUUGAGGCCAAGUUUCCUGGUGGGCAUUCAUCAUUAGCAGGUAAACACUCACUCAUAGGAAUUGUUGGGGAAAUGCUUUCAUCUCUGGAAAAUAUUGAUCCAUUUCAACCAAGGAUAUCACAGAAAAAUCCUGUCCUAGGUUACCUUGCUUGCAACAGCUUUGGAAUUCCAGAAGUACCAAGGCUAGUUCAACAGAUCCAGGGAGGCAAUUUGGAAGCUGAAUAUGCCCUUGGAUCUUUACUUGAGAAUACUUCCAUUGCACUUCUCUCACGCACCUCGCAAGCGAUAGAUAUAAUAUCUGGGGGCCAGAAAAUUAACGCCUUACCUGAGCAAGUAUCUGCUGGAAUCAAUUACCGUAUUGCACCUGGCUUGAAUCUAGCCGAUGUCAAGCAGCGUAUUGAAACUAUAUUAGCACCUAUAGCAGCCAAGCACGACAUGUGCUGUUCAUUUUUUGACGGUCAGGUGGAUGAUUGCUCUUCAGGGAAAUGCCUACGCAUCUCACAGAUUGGAAAAGCUUUAGAACCAGUUGACAUGGCUCCCCAUAAUUCUAAAGUAUUUUCGAUUGUCUUCGGUACCGUCAAAUCAAGCCUAGCUCAAUACUACAGCAAAGAAAUGGGUGUCGAAAAGCUUGAGGUUGUACCCACAUUAAUGGCGGGAAAUACUGAUACUCGGCACUACUGGAAUUUGACUGCGAACAUCUUUAGAUUUCGGCCCACCAGGAUCGACGCAGGAAAUAAUGGCGGACACACAAUAAAUGAGCAUAUUUACGCCAUUGACCACUUUGCCUCAGUUGACUUCUAUGCCUCUCUAAUUUUAAACGCUAACGAUCUCUAA